AUGAGGAACCAAACAGAGCUGAGGGAGUUCAUCCUGCUGGGAAUCCCUCAGACCCAGGGAGUGGAGACUUUGCUCUUUGCCAUCUUCUUGUUCAUUUACCUCUUUGCCCUGGUCGGCAAUUUACUCAUCCUCAUAGCAAUCCUUUCCUCCUCUGCCCUUCACACCCCCAUGUACUUCUUCUUAGGGCUACUGGCCAUUUUUGAUAUCAUUUUGCCCGCUGUGACUUGUCCCAAGAUGCUGUUCUAUCUCUCUGGCCAGAGCCGAGCCAUUUCUUACAAGGGCUGUGCAACACAGCUCUUCUUCUACCACCUGCUGGGGUCUUCUGAAGCUUGCCUCUACUCUGUGAUGUCCUAUGACCGUUUUGUGGCCAUCUGUUACCCCCUGAGGUAUUCACUCAUCAUGAGACCCGAAGUCUGUGUGGGUUUGGUCAUGGGUGCCUGGUCAGUGGGCUGCGUUCACGCCUCCAUUGUAACCUCCUUCACUUUUAGACUGACCUACUGUGGCCCAAAUCAGGUGGAUUUCUUCUUCUGUGACAUCCCUGCUGUCUUGCCCCUGGCUUGUGAUGAUUCCUCACUGGCCCAGACUGUGGGCUCCGCAGCUGUUGGCUUUCUGGCUCUACUAUUUUGGUUCACUAUUUGCCUCUCUUACAUGCGCAUCGGGAUUGCUAUUUUGAAGAUCCGGUCCGCAGAGGGCAGGAAGAAAGCCUUCUCCACCUGCAGUGCCCACCUUGCUGCUGUGCUCUGUUAUGUUGGGCCCGUAAUCAUCAUCUAUUUGCAGCCCGCUCCUAAUCCCUUGCUCGAUGCUAUUGUGCAGAUCCUUACUAACAUUGGCUCCCCCAUGCUGAACUCUCUGAUAUUUUCUUUGAGAAACAAGGAAGUAAAGAGUUCCCUAAGAAGAGUGCUUCACAAAAUAAGACUUACUCCUCAGGAAUAA